GCAGAAUCAGUGUGCCGUGGAGAGAGACUGGCUAUUCUUCUGUUCUACAAUCAGCUCCACCCACUAAUACUGUGACAUGAUUGGAGCAGAGAGAAUCAUCCUCAUUGGCUGCCUGCUGCAAGGAACCCUGGGUAGAAAGUGGGAAAUCUGGAUGCCUCAGAGUAUAGAAGCUCUUAGUGGAUCCUGUGUGCUGAUUCCCUGCAGAUUUGAGAUCCCAUCUGAAUAUGACCCAGAGCUGGCACAGUGUACACACACAGUUAAAGGAAAGUGGUCGAAGGACGAAACUCUUUUGUUUGAUUCCAGCAAGCAGUCGGGACCUCCUCUGCAGGGGAAGAUUGCUGAAAACCUAGCACAGAAGAACUGCACUACAGUCCUGGAGAACCUUCCAUUGAGUUAUAGUGGUCAAUAUCACUUCAGAUUAGAAUGCGAUACAAUACUCAAAGCGACGUUUCCUCCACCUGUUGAAAUUAAUAUCACAGACUCUCCACCAAAACCCAAGUUAACCCCAGAGAAGAUGGAGGUGAUGGAGGGGACCUCUGUGAGUUUGAGCUGCUCUGCUGCAGCCCCCUGUCCCAAACUUCCCCCAAAUCUGACAUGGACCCCCAGGCUGAGUGACAGUGUGGAUCAACUGCAAGAGAAUGAGGAUGAAACCAAAUCUGUGUCUUCUGAUCUGAUCUUCACUGCUUCCCACCUCCACCAUGGGCAGAAGAUCACCUGCAGGGCACUUUACACACUGCAACAAGGAGGCAAUCAGACGUCUGAGGCCAGUCUGACUCUCACAGUUCUAUACAUGCCUCAGAUCUCUGGCUCUGGGAGCUGCAGCAGAACUGCAGCAGAGAUCAGCUGCUCCUGUGAGAGCCGUGGGAAUCCCUCUCCCAGCAUGGAGUGGCGUGUGUCUGGACUGCGGGUCACUAACUCUACUGACAGAGUCAUCAGGGAGGAGCAGCUGGGGAACACAGGCCUGAGGAGCUCCCUCACCAUGCGCCACUCACAGGGAGACACGGCCACUCUCCUCUGCCUCAGUACCAACGCUCUCGGCACCUCCAGCCUCCAGCUCCAUGACCCUUGUCCACAGCAACACUCAGAUCCUCCGAAGAAGACCUCAGUGUCAGUCAGUCCCUCUGGUUCAGUGUUAGAGGGCAGCUCAGUGACUCUGACCUGCAGCAGUAAAGCCAGCCCACCAGUGCAGAACUACACCUGGUAUAGAGUGAAUGGGACAGCGAUGAACACUGUAGGAACUGGACAGAAUCUCACCUUCAAUGUGACUGAGUCCAGUGGCAGUGAACAGUACUACUGUGAAGCACAGAAUGAACAUGGCAAGGAGAACUCAGCAACUGUGCAGCUGGGAGUUAAUUAUCCUCCGAAGAAGACCUCAGUGUCAGUCAGUCCCUCUGGUUCAGUGUUAGAGGGCAGCUCAGUGACUCUGACCUGCAUCAGUAAAGCCAGCCCGCCAGUGCAGAACUACACCUGGUAUAGAGUGAAUGGGACAGAGAUCAACACUGUAGGAACUGGACAGAAUCUCACCUUCAAUGUGAUUGAGUCCAGUGACAGUGAACAGUACUACUGUGAAGCACAGAAUGAACAUGGCAAGGAGAACUCGACAACUGUACUGCUGAAUGUGAUAUACAUGCCUCAGAUCUCUGGCUCUGGGAGCUGCAGCAGAACUGCAGCAGAGAUCAGCUGCUCCUGUGAGAGCCGUGGGAAUCCCUCUCCCAGCAUGGAGUGGCGUGUGUCUGGACUGCGGGUCACUAACUCUACUGUCAGAGUCAUCAGAGAGGAGCAGCUGGGGAACACAGGCCUGAGGAGCUCCCUCACCAUGCGCCACUCACAGGGAGACAUGGCCACUCUCCUCUGCCUCAGUACUAACGCUCUCGGCACCUCCAGCCUCCAGCUCCACGCCCCGUCUCCACAGCAACACUCAGGUUUGAACAUUACCUCACUGUUGAUUGGUGCAGCUGCUGGUGUUGGUGCCAUGAUGGUUAUAUUCCUCAUCAUGAAGGCCAUUCAAAAGCAGGGCGGGAAAAAGACGGACAGCCAGUGUUGUGAAAGGAAGGAAGCUGAAGGGAGUCCUCCCCCAGCAGAAGAAGACCCAGUCUACGCCAACCACUCCAUGGCAACCACCCAACCCAGGGACCUACAGCUGGGAGGGACAGACCCACAGCCCCUGGCAGAGGACCGAGAGCUGGAAACCAUGCAUUACUCCUCGAUAAAGCACUCCCCCCGCUCCGUGGAGACACAGGGCCAGGAUGCCCGUGAAGGAACCGCAGGUCAAGGUGACGAUGUGGUCUAUUCACAGGUGGUGCUGGAGAAGAAAACCGAGAAAGGGUAA